AUGGUAUUUAUACGGACAGCAGCGCGAAGUGCGCCAGGCAUUCGGGCCUUCUCGACUGGCCGGAUUCUGCGCCAUGAGCUCGCCUACCAGGUCUGGGCCCCGGAAAACGAGCAAGCCGUUCGGGAUCCCAUCCUAUUUCUCCAUGGGCUGUUUGGGUCCAAGCAGAACAACCGGAGUAUCGGCAAAGCAUUGGCUCGCGAUCUAAAAUGCCGGAUCUUUACAUUGGAUCUACGUAACCAUGGCCAAUCUUUCCAUUCUCCGGAACACAAUUACAGUGUCAUGGCCGAAGACGUGCAAGAGUUCAUGCAGCAGCAGAAGCUUGAGAAGUGUGUGUUGAUCGGUCACUCCAUGGGCGCCAAAGCCGCUAUGUCGGUGGCACUUCGCUCCCCAGAGCGUGUGUCCGCUUUGAUCCCCGUCGACAACGCCCCAGUCAACGCGGCGUUGAAGAGCGAUUUCGGCAAGUACAUUAAGGGAAUGCAACAGAUCGAGGAGGCGAAAGUGUCCAAACAGUCCGAUGCAGAUAAAAUCCUCCAGGACUAUGAAGAGUCCCUUCCAAUCCGCUACUUCCUUCUGACCAAUCUCGUCCGCUCAGAAGAGGAUCGUACUAUGAAAUUUCGCGUGCCACUUUCAGUGCUUGGCCGCUCAUUGGACAAUAUGGCGGAUUUCCCAUACUCCGACUCGGACAACGUUCAGUACAAGGGCCCGACACUGUUUAUCCGGGGUACCAAAUCUCAAUACGUGUCAGAUAACACCGUUCCUGCGAUCAAGAAGUUCUUCCCGAAUGCGCAGAUAGCAGACGUGGAUGCGGGGCACUGGCUUAUUUCCGAGAAUCCGGAGGCGUUCCGACAAGCUGUGGUCAAGUUCUUGGAAUCCUCGUGA